AUGGCCAAUUCUGAGGAAUCAAGCCCCCUUUUGGCAAAGCAACCAGAGGUGAACGAUGAAAAGAAAUCCACCAAACACGCCACCACCACACCUCCGCCAGCUGUGGUGGUGAUGAAGAAGUCGCCCCCGCAGGUACCUGGUGAAGCUCCCUACGGGUGGACCGCCGAUGGGUUGCCGUUUGGGCACGCUAACGUUGUGGGUCAGCCGAUGCCUAGGGCCCACUGGGACUCGUCCCUCUUCGCUUGCCUUGGUAGGAAUGAUGAGUUCUGCAGCAGCGAUCUUGAAAUCUGUAUUCCUAUUAUAGUAGGCGUAGGCGAAUUUCCCGUUUCUCUCCCUGGAAGUUGUGAAGCAUUUGGCAGAUCAUGUGGGUGUUGCACAAGCUUUGUGGAGGAUGAGGAGCAGCGCGAGCAGUGCGAGUCAGCUUGCGAUUGUGCAACUCAUUGGUUCUGCCAUCCAUGCGCACUUUGUCAGGAAGCUCGUUAG